GCAGCGGGGGCGGGGCUUGCCCCGGGCUCGGCAGCGGGACCGGGCCCAUGUUUCACAGAGGAAGAACGGCGGCGGUGCAGUAACUUCCUUCUUCUUUGAAGCGGGCACAUUGCAAGUUCGGCGCACUAUGCGGGAACUGAGUGAGCAGGUCGCGCUCAUCGUGGAGCACUUGCUGGAGCAGGACUUCCUGGAGACGGACUGUGGCGACCCAGGGGAUGAAGAGGUUCUCAAGGUAGCUCAGUGUCUGCGGAGGCUUGGAGAUGAAUACAAUCAAAUAAUUCAGCCACAUGUGAAAAAUCUUCAACCCAAGUUGCGUGAGCUGGCAAAGGAUCAGGCUUCUGAAGUGUUUUCGGGGAUGGUGACUGGGCUAUGCAACACCCCUGAACUGCAGGCACAGGCUCAACAGUUGGGUCCUGAGAUAAAUCUCCUUGGAAUCGCUAUCGUUGUGGGAAUGAACAUUUCUAAGGAAGUGCCUGAAUUGCUUCCUACAGUCAAAGUUGCGUUGACAAACUUUAUCAAUACAAAGCUGCUGCCAUGGAUUCAAAGUUCAGGAGGAUGGGAGAAGAUCUUAUGACCUGUAGUCACACAUUCUUGGAGGCUGGAAGAAGAGCCAAGAUUGGUGAAGUUAGUGCAUUUAAAAACACAUUCCAAACACAAUUUCAUGGGGGCUGCAGUACAUUCUAAAUCGUUGAGUGCCAUUUCCCCUUCUAAUAUGUCAGAGUAACAUGAUUGCCAAUCCUUGUACACUGAUAGGGAGUAGGUAGACCAAUGAAGAUUGAGACUAUUUUGUCCACUUUGCAACAGUGAUGGCUUCCUUUCUUUAUAUAGAGCAAUGUUUUCAUGCUGUAUGCAAGAGCUGGAGUGAAAAACAAAUCAAGGUGUCUCACAAACUGUAAUUACAGGUGGUAGGAAAAUUCUUAACUCGUCUUAGCUUCUAUUCACAUGGACCUAUGAAACAGAUCAAACUAAUGUUUGAACCAGUUGACUGACUAAUAUAAAGGAUGAGCUUUCAAUUUGUUUUCAAAUUCUUAAUUGCAGUUUUUAAAAAUAUAUUUUUAGGUUACUAAGUGUUAGUUCCCAGGCUUGGACAUCAGAUAAUUGGAAAAUUCCACAAUUUAAAAAAAAAUCAGCA